GGAAAUUUUCCUUGCCAAACAGAUAAGAUAAUCCAGGAGGAAAACAGACAUUAUACUUGUUUCUUCUUCCUCUGAAAACAAUGGGCCUUUCAAUCCUUCUACUCUUACUUCUUCUUCUUCCUGUAUUCAUCUUUCUAAUUCUUCAACGCAAAAACCAUACCAAAAACCCAUCCAAAAAGGUCAUUCCAGGUCCGCCAGGACUCCCACUGAUCGGAAACUUGCAUCAAUUCGAUAAUUCAGCACCUCACAAAUACCUUUGGAAACUUUCCCAAAAGUAUGGAGAAGUUCUAUCCCUCAAACUCGGGUCCUUGCCGGUGGUGGUUUUCUCCUCCGCGAGAAUGGCGGAGGAGGUGAUGAAAAACCACGAUAUGGUAUUCUGCAGCCGGCCGCCGAUGGUCGGAUUCCGGAAGAUGUCUUACAACUCGUCGGACAUCGCGUUGGCUCCGUACAACGAGGAAUGGAAAGAGAUGAGGAAGCUUUGCGUCGCGCAUUUGUUGAGCAUAAAAAGGGUUCAAUCUUUCCGUCCGGUUAGGGAAGAUGAACUUUCCCGGAUGAUCGGAAAGAUUUCCCGGGAAGCUUCUGAGCUUAGACUCACUAAUCUGAGUGAGACGAUAAUGACGUUUGCGAGCACGAUGAUAUGUAGAAUCGCUUUCGGGAAAAGAUACGACGAGAAAGACCAUCAACGGAGGAGAUUCAACUAUCUCCUCCGGGAGGCUCAGGCCGUCUUCGCGCUGUUUUACUUCUCGGAUUUCUUCCCGAGGAUCGGCUGGUUGGAUCACUACACCGGCACAUUUUCUCGACUUGAGAAAAUAUUUAAAGAACUCGAUGCAUUUUAUGAAGAACUCAUCGAUGAACAUAUGGAUCGUAAAACUAGGCCAAAGUCAAUGGAAGGUGACAUUAUUGAUAUUAUGCUUGAAUUACGCCAGGGAAACUCGUCAUCUUCUCCAGUCCAACUCACCAUGGAUCACAUCAAAGCCAUGCUAAUGAAUGUGUUUUUCGCCGGGACGGAUACAUCAGCGGGUACUAUUACUUGGGCUAUGACAAUGUUAAUGAAGAACCCUAAUGUAAUGCAAAAGGCACAGGCUGAAAUCAGAGAAGUCAUAGUGGGGAAACAUGAGAAAAAGUUAAGCAUCGAUGAAGAUGAUCUUGAAAAAUUACCUUAUGUCAAGGCCAUUGUGAAAGAAACCUUAAGAUUAUAUUCACCAGUUCCUCUUCUACUUCCAAGGUACACAAUGGAAAAUUGCACCAUAGAUGGCUACGAAAUUCCUCGUAACACACUUGUCUACGUGAACGGAUGGGCGAUUGCAAGGGAUCCUAAAUAUUAUGAGAAUCCACACGAGUUUUUUCCAGAUAGAUUUUUGGAAGGGAAAAAUCAUAAGAUAGAUAUUACUGGACAAGAGUUUGAGCUGAUUCCGUUCGGGUCGGGUCGGAGAAUCUGUCCUGGAUCGUCUAUGGGGUUACUAACGGUGGAGUUGACACUGGCUAAUCUUUUGCACUCAUUCAAUUGGGAAUUGCCUCAAGGGAUGAAGAAAGAAGACAUUGAUACUGAAGGUUCCACUGGUGUUUCGGUGCUUAAGAAAAAUGAUCUCUUACUUGUGGCAAAACCAGUAUGCGCAUAAACGUGAAUCUCUGAUAUUUUCAAGAAAUUAAUCAGUUCUUGAUUUGGUAUUUCAGCAUGAUGCACGGAAAUGUUAUUAAUGAAAAACCCAAAAAAAAAUCAUCAAAAUGUGUCUAUCUAAACGUGCGAAACUUAUUAUAGAAUAUUUAUGUCUUUCACCUGUAUGUAUGUAUUAUACAAUUUGUCUAGAGAUUUUACAUUUUUUGGAAUUUCUUUAUCUCUUCCCAAUAUAAAAGGAAAAAACAACGGUUUGGGUCCCUUUUGUUUGGAGUAUUUGGAUUAUUCGUAGCUUUGGUCUAUUGUUUCAUUUAGUGGGCUCUUGCUGCGCUGAUCAGCGUUGGUCACUUGUAUUAAUUACUGUAUACGUUAAACUAUGAU